CCCUCUGCUAUUGGCCCAGCCCAGGCUGCACCUGCCUCGAGCGGGCGGGCUGCUGGGCACAAAGUCCAGGGGGCCGGCCAAGGAGGCAGCAGCCCGCUGGCAGCGCAGGUGGGCCGCCGCCCUCGGCCAGGCAAGAUGCCCCUGGGGCUGCGGAGAAAAAAGAAAUUCAACACCAAGGAGACCUCCCGACUGGUGGAGGGCGAGCAUACGGAUGCGGCUGUCCGCAGCCUGCCCAGCCCUCCGGCGCCCGCCCGCAGGCUGGUUUUCCACACGCAGCUGGCCCACGGAAGCGCCACGGGCAGAGUGGAGAAUUUCUCCAGUAUCCAGGAGCUCUAUGCCAAGAUCGCGGGCGUGUUUGAGAUCCCUCCGUCGGAGAUCUUAUAUUGCACUUUAAACACACCUAAAGUUGAUAUGGGAAAACUCUUGGGAGCGCAAAUAGGUCUUGAAGAUUUCAUAUUUGCCCACAUAAAAGGGAUCAAAAAAGAAGUGAAUGUGUACAAAUCUGAGGAUUCACUUGGUCUCACUAUUACAGAUAAUGGUGCUGGCUAUGCUUUUAUAAAGAGAAUUAAAGAUGACAGCAUAAUUGAUUCAGUUAAAACAAUCUGUGUGGGGGAUCACAUUGAAGCCAUCAAUGGAGAAAAUAUCGUUGGGUGGCGUCACUUUGAUGUUGCUAAGAAGUUAAAGGAACUAAAAAAAGAGGAACUCUUUACCUUGACAUUAAUAGAACCUAAGAAGGCCUUCGAUAUGGAGCCCAGGUCAAAAGCUGGAAAGUCAUCAACAGGAAAGAUUGGUACGGGAAGGGAGACACUUCGUCUGAGAUCGAAAGGUCCUGCCACCGUGGAGGAAGUGCCUUCUGAAGCCAAGGAAAAGGCGAUUGGAAAGGUUGAUGAUCUUCUUGAAUUGUACAUGGGAAUUCGAGAUACUGAUUUAGCUACUACAAUGUUCGAAGCUGGAAAGGACAAAGGUAAUCCAGAUGAAUUUGCUGUGGCACUUGAUGAAACUCUUGGAGACUUUGCGUUCCCAGAUGAAUUUGUCUUUGAUGUUUGGAGAGUCAUUGGUGAUGCCAAACAAGAAUGAUUAUGAUGCAAAUGAUCGACUCUGGAAGAAUGAACCAUUGUUCCUUAAGAAAAAAGUAAGAUCUGCCUUCAGACACUGUUAUGGACUCUGGCUUGGUUUUACGUGUAUGAAUACAUUCUUUUGAAAUAUAGUCUUGAUUUUUGGGCACUUUUUAAAUGCAGUUGUAUAUGGAGUAUGCUUAAGAUAAAUUACCUCAAAUGUAACCAAUUUUAAUAUUCAUUCAAAAGCUUUUUAAAAGUUAGUUUUAGAGAGUAUUUCUAGAUAGAUAAUUUUGUUUCCCAUUGACAGCCGUGUUUUGUUUUUCACAUAAAAGUUGAUUGCAAUAGCUUUGUAAUUCUUUUGCAAGAUCUUAAUGCAGUAAAAACUGGGAUUGCAGUAUAGUUUGCCUCAUAGAGUCUUCAUUUUGUUAUACUAGUUUUAACAGGAUGGGUUCAGAACAUGAAAUGUGAAUCAUGCCUACUAGAUGUCUAGUAACAUAUAUAUUUUUUUAAACCUGCUGAGUAAGGGGAGGAAGAUUCCUACAGCCUGUUAAAGUCUAUGGCCUACUUUCUGUCUUUAUUAAAACAAGGAUUGAUUAACUUUUA